CUCUUUUACUCCUACGCAGCGAUAGAAAACACAGAGUGCAGUCUAAGUCUGACACAACAAUUAUUUUUUGGUUUUUUUUAAAUUGACUAAGUACGUCUUUAUCUGUCCUUAAGAAGGGAAAACCCUGUGCAGGGAGUAGUGAAAAUGACUCGUGUGGUGUUAGCAGCGUUUUGUGCAGUUUAUGCCAUAUCUGUGGCAGCCGGUCAAGGCUGCGUAGACCAGAUAGAGAACUGUCAUCACUUCAGCCGCACAGUGUGUGCUGAGACUAAAUACGGUACCUGGGUCAGAAACAACUGUCCUCGCUUCUGUGGAGUAUGUUCAGAUCAAGGUUGCCAGAACUCCCGCAGUAACUGCGACCACUACAGCGAUGACGUGUGCACCAAUUACGCUACAUGGGCUCGCAACAACUGUGAGAAACACUGUCACUUCUGCGUAGAGCCCGGGGAGUGUACUGACGUGAUACCCAACUGCCACCACUACUCCAACAGCGUGUGUACAGAGUAUGCCUACUGGGCCAAUAACAAUUGUGCAAAAUAUUGUGGAUUCUGUCAAGGUCAGACACACGUAUUAUGGAUAUAA